AGUUCAUGGAAGGAACGGCCUCAGUGAUCACUGUACAAUCCGUUAAAGAACACUUUUUGACAGACAGACCAGACCGUAGACAAACAGAUUCCUUCAACAGAACCAAGUUUUAGGAUUAAAGUUCAGUUGGUUCUUUGGGUUAAUCCUUGAAACUUAUACGUCUUUAAAAGGAGGAGUAAAGAUGCCGUGUCCCUUCAUAUCCCGUCUACCCUCCACCUAUGUGAGGAACUACGCAGGAAACCUUCUCAAAACUUACGCAGAACAUUGUCCGUACGCAUCUCAAGUUGUUGUAGGUUCCUCGUUCACUGGAUCUAGUGCUCCUACAGGAGGUGUAGGAGGAAGUACUAACAAGGGCCAGGAGGGGUCCUCAAUUCAUACCCAGGCUAGAGAUGGAGCUAGAUCUGCUGUUCGUCCCGUACUUCAAGCUGAUGUUAUACAGGAGACUACAGGGUUCGGAUAUGAAUCCUUCUUCCAAGCUGAGAUUAAGAAGAAGAAGGAAGAUCACUCCUACAGGAUAUUUAAAAAGGUUAACCGUACUGCUGCAACCUUCCCUUAUGCCAGGGAAUAUUCCCGAGGAGAGAAGGAUAUCACUGUUUGGUGUUCCAACGACUACCUGGGUAUGUCCGCACACCCCGCUGUCAAGAAUGCUGUUCAUCAGGCGAUAGAGAAGUAUGGUGCAGGAGCUGGAGGAACCAGGAAUAUUUCUGGGAAUUCAACUGUUCAUGAGGAAUUAGAACGAGAGCUGGCUGAUCUUCAUUCAAAGGAGGCUGGACUUGUUUUCACCUCCUGUUAUGUUGCUAAUGAUACAACCCUGUUUACCCUGGCACGUCAACUACCUGGCUGUCAGAUAUUCUCGGAUGCUGGAAACCAUGCUAGUAUGAUACAGGGUAUCCGCAAUAGUGGAGUUCCUAAGCAUAUCUUUAAGCAUAACAACCCCGAGGAUCUUGAGAGAAACCUAAGAAAGGUUGACAAAGCUAUUCCUAAGAUUGUUGCAUUUGAAACUGUUCAUUCCAUGACAGGAGCAAUCUGUCCCCUAGAGGAGAUGUGUGAUAUAGCUCAUGAAUAUGGAGCUUUGACCUUCGUGGAUGAGGUUCAUGCUGUCGGCCUGUACGGUGCUGAAGGAGCUGGCGUGGGACAGAGGGAUGGAGCAGAGGAUAAGAUUGAUAUCAUCAGUGGAACUAUGGGAAAAGCCUUUGGAAACAUUGGAGGAUAUAUUGCUGGGUCGUCUGGUUUGAUUGAUGUGGUUCGAAGCUACGGAGCAGGGUUUAUCUUCACCACCUCUCUUCCACCAACCGUUCUCUGUGGAGCUCUAGAGUCCAUUAGAGUUCUCAGGUCUGAAGAGGGAAGAGAACUUAGAGCCAGACAUCAAUGCAAUGUAGCAUACUUGAGAACCAAACUACAGGAGGCGGGGGUUAGUGUGGAGCAUACACCUAGCCAUAUCCUACCUGUACAUGUUGGAGACCCACUUGUAUGUUCUGCACUUUCUGAUGAACUUAUGAAAUACGGACAUUAUGUACAGGCAAUCAAUUUCCCAACUGUACCACGUGGUCAGGAGAAACUCAGGAUAGCUCCUACACCUCAUCAUACGUUUGAGAUGAUGGACCGGUUUACUGCUGACCUCAAGGAAAUCUGGGUCAACCUGGGACUUAAACUUAAUCCGGUUUCAUCAGGUGUGUGUGCUGGUAGCUGUACAUACUGCAGUAAACCAGACCUGUUUGCAAGACUGACCGCUAGAGAAGCUUGUGGGAUACCAAACUGCCCUCAGAUUGAAUCCAUUGCUGCAGCGGCAUAGGAACAAACAAUAUGGAUGAUGGACAAACAGCAAUGAAUACGGACAUAUGAAAAAGGAAUGAAUUAACAGCAAAGAAACAGAACAAGGACUAACAGCAAAGAAAACGAACACUUAGGAAAAAAUGCACUGAAAACGGACAUACGGAAUAGAACGCUGAAAAUGAAAAUGGACAUAUGAAAAAGAAGGUCAACUAACAGCAGUGAAUACGGACAUAUGAAAUAAAACACGGACAAAUAGCAAAGUAAACGAAAAUAUGGAAAAGAACACGGACUAAUAGUAAAGAAAAUGGGCAUAUAAGAAUACGUUCUAACUGCAAUGAAAACGAACAUAUGAAAAAAGCCAACUAACCGCAAUUAAAACGGACUUAUGAAAAAGAACGCCAACUAACAGCAAUAAAAACGGACAUAUGAAAAAAAAAGCCAACUAACCGCAAAUAAAACGGACAUAUGAAAAAAACGCCAACUAACAGCAAUUAAAACGGACAUAUAAAAAAGAA